AAUGAAUCACAAAUCGAAGAAACCGAAGAAACGGUUCAAAUUAAAAGAAAGGCUUGGUCCAAAGAAGAAUUUGAUACUCUUCAAGAUGCGAUAGAAAAGCACGGUAAAAAGUGGACAUAUAUAUCAAAACAAUAUUUUAAUUCUGAACGAAAUCCAAAUUCAUUGAAUAUAAAGUGGGGGAAUUCUAUAUUAAGUCAACUAAGACCUUCUUAUUAUAAUAAAUGGACUCCUGAAGAAGAUAAAAUACUUGAAAAAGGAGUGGAAGAACAUGGUAUCGGAAAAUGGAUGAUUAUAUCAAAAUUAUUUAAUGAUAAAGAUCGAAAUCAAGUAGCACAUAGGUGGUACCUCUUAUCAAAGAAAAAGCGAGGGAAAUGGACAAAAGAAGAAGACCAAACCUUGUUAGAUUUAAUUGAUAAACAUGGGAGACGAUGGAAAUUACUUAGUGAGAUUUUAGAUAGACCGAGUACAAGUAUUAGAACUCGAUAUGAAAGGAUUCAUAGUAAUCCUUGGACGACCGAAGAAAACAUCAAAUUAAAAAAUGCUAUUCUGGACUAUGGUGAAGAUUGGGAUAAAAUCACAAAAUUAUUUCCAUAUCGAACGAAGUAUGAGAUCAAGGAUCAUUAUACCCAAUCCUCUAGUUCGAAUCCAUAUGUUAAUAUUGGACAUUGGGAAGAAAUGGAAAUCUCGAGUUUUAUGAAAGCUUACAAAGAACAUGGAAAUCAAUGGAAGAAAAUUUCAACAAUUAUUAAAACGAGAUCAGCUAAGCAAUGUGCUAAAUAUUAUUAUAAUCACAUACGAAAUCCUCAGAAUUACGUUCACAGAAUACGAUCUGAUUAA